AUGGCGGAACCGUCGUCUCCCGACACGCUGGACCCGUUGGCCGUGCAGCCCCCGUCCGAGACCACGGCGUUGCUACCGAAGUCUCCGGCGUCCACCUCCGAUGAAUCCUACCCGAUCCGGCAAUGGCUGGCCGAGAUUCUGCUCCUCGCCAAAGCCGCUGUUCCCGUUAUUCUAGCAUACACUUUGCAGAACAGCCUGCAGACCAUCAGCGUGCUCAUUGUCGGCAGGCUGAGCCCCGAAGCCCUCGCUACAGCUGCGUUUAGUUAUAUGUUCGCCAUGGCAACAGCUUGGCUCAUAGCUCUAGGCGGAACAACAGCCCUCGACACGCUUGCAUCAAGUAGCUUCACCGGAUCUUCGAACAAGCACGACUUGGGCAUACUUUUGCAGAGAGGCAUCAUCGUCUUGUCGGCAUUUUACGUCGUGGUAGCAGUGCUGUGGUGGUUCUCCGAACCGGUGUUCCGGGCUUUGGGCCAAGAGGAGUUCAUCUGUGUGCAGAGCUCGACAUUCUUGCGAUGCCUGAUCCCGGGCGGUUUAGGGUAUGUAUGGUUCGAGGCAAUGAAGAAGUACUUGCAGGCGCAAGGCACGUACGUGCUCCUCAUCACGUCGCCGCUGAACGCAGGACUGAAUUAUCUCUUCAUCCACACAUUUGGCCUCGGCUUAUACGGUGCCCCUAUCGCCACAGGCAUCUCGUACUGGGUCUCAUUCUUGCUCCUCGUGGCGUAUGCCAUCUUCGUCCGAGGCAAGGAGUGCUGGGGUGGCCUGGAGCUGCGUAAAGCUGCGAGGAACAUUGGACCCUUCGCCAAGUUAGCGAUUUUGGGCGUCGUCCAUGUCGGCACCGAGUGGUGGGCUUUCGAGAUCGUCGCUCUGGCUGCCGGAAGACUUGGCACUAUCCCCUUGGCAGCGCAGUCAGUUAUCAUGACUGCGGAUCAAAUCAUCAACACCAUCCCCUUUGGUCUCGGCGUGGCAGCGUCGGCAAGACUGGGGAACUUGCUGGGUGCACAGCGACCGCGAGAUGCUGCAAUAGCAGCUCAUGCGGCGGCGAUUCUCUCCGUGAUCCUCGGAAGCGUCGUUCUCAUUGUUCUCAUGGCAACGAAGGAUGUAUUUGGCAAGAUAUUCAACGACGACGAGCGCGUGAUCCGGCUGGUGGGCGAGGUGAUGCCGUACGUCGCUUUGUUCCAGAUAGCGGACGGGUUGAAUGGAUCGUGUGGUGGUGCGCUUCGAGGCAUGGGCCGCCAGUGGGUCGGGGCUGUGGUGAAUCUUGUCAGCUACUACGGCGGAGCUCUCCCUGCCGGUAUCUACCUCGCCUUCAACGGCUGGGGUCUUGCAGGCUUGUGGAUUGGACAAUGCGUCGCUCUAUAUUUGGUCGGAGCGCUGGAAUGGGUAAUUGUUGGAUUCAGCAAAUGGGACAAGGAAUGCCAGCGCGCUCUGGAUCGACUCGACGACUCCAGCAGCGAUGGAGAAGUUGAAGCAGAGAGGACGGCCGGUAGUGUGGUCUAG